AAAGAGGCUGCUGGAGUGGCUGCGCUGCUCACCUUUAUAACAUCCACAUACCAAUAUCCCUUGACUGUCGAUGAAACUUGGUGCAGCGCCCAUCUCAAAGACUACCAGUCAAACGGCUUUGCUGCGGUGAUACAGCAAGAUUUAUCCUGGAAAGAGACCGAAGACACAACUGACGUACCGAUUAAGACGAGUUGUGUCCGGACAAUGCAGGCGCUAAGACAUUGUCAGGGUCCUAGUGUUGCACUAGCGGCGAGCAUCGGGCUCUGGGGAACACAUCCAGGGCUGAGAACGAGACAAUGUUUGGAAGAACAGCUGGCCAUCCUCCCUUGGUUUCGGAUUCUCUUUGAGCGGGUGUCUUCCAUAGACACUAACACGAUGUCCAAGGUGAAAGCCGCGAGCCGAGGUGCGGGACAACCAGACUCAAAAUCAGAAGUGGUGGCUUGUGAUGUUUGA